UGCUGAGUGGCUUCGGCCAGGGAAGGCCCCCCCACCCCCCGCCUCCCCCAGCAUGCACGCUGCCCGCCUCCGCUUGAAACGGACUUUGUGUUUUCGGUGCAGAUGUGGAAAGAGUGAACGCCUUCCUUUUUUCAGGGUGUAGGUGCUCAGCUGGGCAAGGGGAGAGGCAAGUGUUCUUAUGAUCCCGGUGCCCAGCAGGAGCACAUUGGAGAGAAAGAGGUACAGAUUUCGUGGGCUCUGGUGUUUCGUGGCCGACAGGGUAGAGCUGACGGGCCUCUUCGCUGGGACAGCUGCGCACCGACCAGUGUCCGAUGAAGAUGAUUUCCUGUGUGGCGUUUGUGAGGGCGGCUCUGCCAGGUGCUGGGCUGCUCUCGGCCAGAGCUUCGCCUGUGGCACCCGGCCUGCACUCGUCCCCGCAGCGGACGGGGACCUUCACACCACUGAUACCAUUUACUGCAGACAGCAGAGUCGUGACGUGCGCUGCGGUGUGGAGGAUGCCCGCGGAGCUGGAGCCGGGCGGCCACGAGUCCCCCGAGGACGCAGCGAGCCCCGCGCACGCCCUGGAGCUGCUCUGUCACCUGGACCCUGUGGCCCGCGGCAGCACUGCCUGCAGGGAGCCCGAUCCCGUGGCCGUGUUGACUGUCCCAGGUGGAUCCUGCCCGGAGAAGAACAUGCAGACUUGGUGUGUGGCAGCUUCCUGGGAGCCGAAGUCACAGGACGGCAGGCAGACGUGGGACAGCAACGUGGGGAGAGACGCCGCGAGCCAGGAGCGGGGCGUUGCGUGGGAGCCUGCGGGAGACGGGAAGAGUGUCAUCUCUCUGGCCGACAACCACAUCCUGCUGUGGGACUUGCAGGAAAGCUCCAGCCAGGCCGUGCUGGCCAGUUCGGCGUCCCUGGAGGGGAAGGGACAGCUGAAGUUCACGACGGGGCGAUGGAGCCCACAUCACAACUGCACCCAGGUGGCCACGGCGAACGACACGGCCGUCCGAGGGUGGGACACGCGGACCAUGAGCCAGAUCUACUGCAUCGAGAGCGCGCAUGGCCAGCUGGUGCGGGACCUGGACUUCAACCCCAACAAGCAGUACUACCUGGCCAGCUGCGGGGACGACUGCAGGGUGAAGUUCUGGGACACCCGCAACGUCACGGAGCCCGUCAAGACCCUGGAGGAGCACUCGCACUGGGUGUGGAACGUCCGCUACAACCACUCGCACGACCAGCUCGUCCUCACGGGCAGCAGCGACAGCAGGGUCAUCCUUUCCAACAUGGUGUCCAUCUCCUCCGAGCCCUUCGGCCACUUGGUGGACGAGGACGACCUGAGUGACCAGGAGGAGCGCCGUCCGGAGGAGAAGAGCCAGGAGCCCCCGCACGACAGCGUCGUCGCCACCUACGAGGAGCACGAGGACAGCGUGUACGCCGUGGACUGGUCCUCGGCCGACCCCUGGCUGUUCGCCUCUCUGAGCUACGACGGGAGGCUGGUCAUCAACAGGGUGCCGCGGGCGCUCAAGUACCACAUCCUGCUCUGACCCGCAGGCCGGCCCGGCGCCUCCCGGCUGGGCGGCCGGAGCCCCGGCGGGGAGCAGCUGCGCCACCCUCCUCCGUGCGCGCGCCUCUGGGCCCUGACGCGCGCCUGCCCGCCGCCCGCUGGCCCUGCCGUCCCCGCCCGGGGCAGUGGGGACCCCGUCCGCAGGCCGAGCCGCGCUCCGCGGGCGGGGGCUGCCUGGUCACUGCCCGCUCUCUCUUCUCCCUUUUCAGGGUGGGGGGAGUCUCCCUGCAGUUUGUUUCCAUAACGUUCACUUGUCUUUGUCUUGAGAUUGAAAAUGAAAUAAAAGGAGCAGGGC